GGAAAGAAUAAGGAUUUAUCGGACAAAUCUAGAAAGUAAAGGGAAACAAAGGAGGGAAUGCAAAAAUGGAAAAAAUGUAAAUUGCGCUUCCUUCUUGCCCCACUUAAAAACCAGAGGCAAUACAUACACAGAGGGAAGAAGACGACAGCUUCCGCUGGUGGUUAGGUCGAGAAAAAUCCAGCGGCGCCAUUAAAACGCUGCGUUUUACCGUCACCUUCGUUUUCCUUCGCCUAAUUCUCCAAGUCAUUGUUUCUACUUUCCAUGUUGUCGACUCCAGAACGGUUCCUGCAGUUAAUGUCGCUCUCCCUAAACCCCUAGUCGCAUUUUCUUCUCGCUCUCUCUCUUUCUCCGUCCACUGAAAACCCUAAAUUGAAUCUUCUUCCGGUCCGAGAGAAAUGGAUCCUUGUCCUUUCAUCCGUCUUACGAUCGGGAAUCUAGCUCUGAAAGUUCCUUUAGCAGCGAAGACGACUAGCUCCGUCGUUCAUCCGUCGUCUUCCCCUUGCUUUUGUAAGAUCAAACUGAAAAAUUUCCCACCGCAGACCGCCGCCAUCCCGUACAUUCCCUUGGAGACCACACAGUUCCCGGAGAUCCAAACCCUAGCCGCCACGUUCCAUCUCAGCAGCUCCGAUAUUGAACGCCUAGCUUGCAGAUCCAUCUUCGCCUCGAAGCCGUGUCUUAAGAUCCUCAUCUACACCGGAAGAGCCGGCGCUGCGUGCGGUGUACACUCCGGCCGUCUCCUGGCCAAAGUCUCCGUACCAUUGGAUCUAGCUGGUACACAAUCGAAGCAGUGCGUCUUCCAUAACGGCUGGAUAUCGGUCGGAAAAGGAGCCGGGAAAGCGUCGUCGGCUCAGUUUCACCUGAAUGUGAAGGCGGAGCCUGAUCCUAGGUUCGUUUUCCAGUUCGACGGCGAACCGGAAUGUAGUCCUCAAGUCGUCCAGAUUCAAGGCAAUAUCCGGCAACCGGUGUUCACAUGCAAAUUCAGUUGCCGGCAAACCGGCGAUCGCACCAUGAGAUCAAGAUCAUUGCCGCCUGAGACAAGCGUUCCACGGAGCUGGCUAAACUCGUUCGGGAGCGAGAGAGAACGUCCCGGAAAAGAGCGAAAAGGAUGGUCCAUAACGGUCCACGACUUGUCCGGUUCGCCCGUGGCUAUGGCGUCUAUCGUCACGCCAUUUGUUGCAUCUCCGGGAACCGAUCGUGUGAGCCGCUCAAACCCCGGUUCUUGGCUCAUCCUCCGUCCCGGAGAUUGCACCUGGAAACCUUGGGGCCGGCUGGAGGCAUGGCGGGAACGCGGUGGAGCCACCGACGGGCUAGGCUACAGAUUCGAACUCAUCCCGGACGGAUCAAGCGGCGCCGGAAUCGUGCUUGCAGAAUCAACAAUUAGUUCUCACAGAGGUGGGAAGUUCUCAAUCGAAUUGGGGUCGUCGUCAUCGUCGCCAACAGGUGGCGUGAACAGGUCGAGAAGCCGUGGCGGUGGAAACGGCGGAGGUAGUGGGGGAGGAGCGUCGCCGGCGAAUAGUCCGAGAGGGAGCGGCGAUUAUGGAUACGGAUUGUGGCCGUGGAGCGUGUACAAAGGGUUUGUGAUGUCAGCGAGUGUGGAAGGUGAAGGCAAAUGUAGUAAGCCUUGUGUAGAGGUUAGUGUGCAGCACGUUAGCUGUAUGGAGGAUGCAGCUUCUUACGUGGCGCUAUCUGCAGCCAUUGACCUUAGUAUGGAUGCUUGCAGGUUGUUUAAUCAACGGAUGAGGAAAGAGCUUUGUCACCACGGUGAGUCAAUCGCCUGA